GGCAGGCGUCAACCAACUACUUAGGAAUUGGUGAGAUUUCGACGGUAUAAACAUGUUACCGGUGGGGCUGGGAGAUGUGUCUGGUUACCCACGGUUGUUCGCGGAGCUUCUCUCUGACCCUACGUGGACGGUGGCCGACCUCAAGAAGCUGGCAGGACUCAACCUUCUAAGGGUGAUGAGAAAGGUGGAGAAGGUGGGUGUUGACCUUCGGCAGCAGAGGGUGAAGCCGCAGGAGGAAGAGAUUGCUCGCUCACCUGAAGACGACGGCUGCUUCUACCGCUUCACCAGACAGGCUGACCAUACGGAGUGAUUGGCCUCUGGACCUCUACAAGUAAUGGCCUCUAUAUGUGAUGAACUCUGGCCUCUUGACCUCUAUUAAGUGAUGGUCUCUAUAAGUGAUGACCUCUGGCCUCUUGACCUCUACAAGUAAUGACCUCUGGCCCCUUGACCUCUAUAAGUAAUGACCUCUGGCCUAUUGACCUCUAUAAAUGAUGAUCUCUGAACUCUUGACCUCUAUAGGUGAUGACCUCUGACCUCUUGACUUCUAUAAGUGAUGACUUAUAGAAGUGAUGACCUCUAUAAGAUGACCACUGGCCUCUUGACCUCUAUAAGUGAUAACCUCUGACCUCUUUACCUCUAUAACUAAUAACCUCUUGACCUCUAUAAGUAAUGACCUCCUGACUUCUGACAUCUUGACCUUUCGACCUCUAUAACUGAUAACCUCUUGACCUCUAUAACUGAUAACCUCUUGACCUCUAUAACUGAUGACCUCCUAACCUCAUGACCUCUCGACCUCUAGAACACGACACAACGAGAUCAAUACAGGUCACUGGUCCGUCUAGGAGGAAGAAAGGAAGGACUUGGAUAAACAGAGGAAAUAGAGAGAGAGGCCGAUAACGAUAAGAGAAUGAAGGAAAUAAAGAAGAGAAUGAAGGAGACGAAGAAAGAAUGAAAGGAAAUGAAGAGAUUGAAGGAGAAGAAAGAAGAAGAGAAGGAAACGAAGUCGAGAAAGAAGCAGAAAGAAAGAAAAAAGAGACAUAGAAAAUUGAAAAUAAUAUGUAUUGGAAUUUAAUGAAUGAAAAUGAAAUUAUAAGAGAGAGAAGAGAAGAAGAUUAAAGAAAAUGAUAGAAAUUGAUAAGGAAAAGUGA